AUGGAAGACUAUAAAGAGAUUCCCCAAGAUAACACAAAAAAGCUGGCAUCGCAGAUCACACAAAUAGAAGGAAAUGAUAUUGUAAUUGAUGAUGAAGCAUUUAAUAAUUCGUUACAAGUAUGGAAAGAAAUCACAUGUCUUUUGGAUAAACCUUCAUCAGAUACUUUUGAUAAAAUCAUUGACGCUAUACCAGAUGAAGAGAACAAAAUUAUUCCAUCAUUAUUCAUCGAAACCGGAUUUCUUACAAAAUUGGUAAAUAUUUUGUUGAUAGAUGGAUCUGAUUUUGAAUCUCAAGUGAUUUUUGUAUUAUUCAAAUUAUCAAAAUCCGAAGAAGUUCUCCAACAUCUAGUCGAAUAUCAAGGAUUGAUUGAACAAAUUUUCAAAUUUAUAUUUAAUCAUGAAAAUCAAGGAAAAUAUGACAUUUAUGCACUUGAAACUAUAACGCAAAUGUUACAUCUACUUACAGAUGAUGUUGUCAAUACUUUACCUGUUGAGGAAUUUUAUCAUACUCUUUGGCCAUCACAGGACUAUUUUCUUUCAUACUUCACUGAACUAUUAUGCACACACCCAAAUACCUCGUCCAUUAAACCAAUAAUAGCUUUUCUUCAAAAAAACAUAGUUAUUAAUUAUGAAGCAAUGAAUUGUUUAAAUAGAAUUCUGAAAUGUGUUAUUUCUUACAAUCCUGAAAAAAUAAAUGACUUUGUUGAUUUCAAAAAAUCAACAUUUUCGCCAACAUUUUUGGGGAGAUUUAUUGUGUCGAUUCCUCCUGUUGAUUAUGAAUAA